CCACACAAUCGAUCAUCGCUACACGGCAGCGAGCCUGUGUUCCAUCCUUUGUGCCUUCGCUGCGCGUUCUGCACCGCGGCAGCACAGGGGUUAAGGCCCCGUCCCCUCCCCGCUCCGCUGGCCAGACGGUGACGAGCUCAGGUGAAAGUUCAGCGUGCAAACUCGCAGACCCCGGGCAUCGCGAAGCAUCCCACAAAUGUGGGUGGGGUCGCUUUUGAUGCGCAACCAGCAACGUGCGCUCCACGCCAGAGCCUAAAGUCAGUUGAAACUUCCAGCGAGAACGAACAGCCUGCGGGCGCAGAGAGAGGGAGGCGAGUGGGCGCUGAGCCGUCGGUCGCGAGCAAAGAUCGGUGACAUUUGCCAAAAAAAACACAGUUGCACAAGAGGGAAUCGCUCGGGCUGGACAAAACUGAAAGCGGUGAAGGAGCGAGUACCCGCACGCCUGCAAAUCGUGAGUAGAGCGCGUGUUUGUACGUUAAUCCCCGAUUUCGAGGUUUCUGGUGCGUCUCGGCCGUCUCUCACCAUGGCGUGGCCGUGCAUCACGCGCGCGUGCUGCAUCAACCGCUUCUGGACCGAGCUGGACAAAGCGGACAUCGCGGUGCCUUUGGUUUUCACCAAAUACUCGGAUGUGGCGGACGCGAGGCACCUGGCCCAUCACCCGCAGCCGAAACAGAAGCGGUCCGCAGCCAUUGCCAUAGAAACGCAGCCCCAUCCCGGCGAUCCGGAGGCUGCGAAGGCACCGCCCGCGACGGGUGCCGCAGCGGGCAAAGAUGGCUCUACUGCGUCCGUCAUGCGCCAAGACUUCAAGGCGUGGAGAGUGCGCCCCGAGCCCAGCUGCAAGCCCCGGAACGAGUACCAGCCCUCAUCGGGCCCGUUCAACAACGAAACGCAGUAUCAGAAGGAUUAUAAAGCCUGGCCUAUACCCAAGAAGCACGACCACCCGUGGAUCCCCAAACCCAGCCCCACCUCCGGCGCCAAGGCGGAGCACGCGGCCGCGGAGGCCGAGUGCGGCGCCGAGAAGAGCGAGAUCGAGGAGAAAAAGCAGGAGAAGGAGACCAAGGAGGCGGCGAAGGGCGGCGCGAGGAGGGACAAGUCAUCAGAGAGGAAGGCAGGUGAGAAGACGGAGGGAGAGACGCCCGCGGAGCUGAGCGCCGAGCAGAGGAAAGGCAGAGCAGCCGCGGACGCCGUCAACAGACAGAUCAAGGAGGUUAUGUCGACUUCCAGCAGCUACAAGACUGAGUUCAAGGCCUACAAGGACGUGAAGCCAGUGAAGCCCAUCAAAGCUCCGUCUCAGUACAAACCCCCCGUGGAGGAGACCAGCCUGGAGACCAGCUACAGCGCCACAUACAAGGGGGAGCAGGCGACGGCUCACCCCACUGACAACAAGCUGCUGGAGCGCCGGCGGAUACGCAGCCUGUACAGUGAACCCAGCAAGGAACCGGCCAAGGUGGAUAAACCAGUGUCUCGCACCAAACCAAAAAAGACGCAGACGACAACAGGAAAGUUGGUGAAAAAAGCUAAAGAGAAGCAGAUUGCCGGUUCCCAGUCCAAGAAGAAGCCUUCUCUGGCCUCCCAAGAAGCCAAACCAGACGGCGCCGUGACCAAGAAGAGCAAAGAGAUCAGCAAUAGACUGGCUGAGGCCAAGCAGUAGAAGUGAUGCGGCUCCGUUUAUGUGCGUGUGAUCAAAGGCUGCUUGAUGAAUUAGGCAAAUCUUCUUCCCUUUGGUUUACGGCCUUUCCUGUUGUCUGUUCUGUCCUCUCCUCAAUUGUUCACCUCUGACUAGGCACUGAUGUUGAACUACUAGGAUAAUGGAAAUAAUUUCACUGUAACCUCUGUGUGUGUGUGUGUGUGUGUGUGUGUGUGUGUGUGUGUGUGUGUGUGUGUGUGUGUGUGUGUGUGUGUGUGUGUGUGUGUGUGUGUGUGUGGUUUUUAGUGCACAGGGCUGCUUUAUAUUAUUGAGCACAUAAUUUGCACAUUACUUACAUGAGUUGCGUUUGGCGUCAAACUACAAAAAAGCCGUUUUGUGCACAAAAGCGGCAUUUUUACCUUUGCAGAUGAUUGUAGAAAAUGUCAAGGGGGAACUUUUUCCCUGAGAUGGCUUCAAGUGAGAGGUUUUGUUAGGACACAGACUGUGUUUUAUGGCUGCGUUUCCUAGCUACAGUGCCUCCGCUGUUUGGUGCUGGUCCUCAUUUCAUUGUUCUGGAUGAUAUCAGUUCGGUUGCUAAGGAACCAAACGAACUGUACGCACCAUUGCUAAAGCUCGCAUGCAGGACCCUGUUUUCGGUUGAGUAGCAACAUUUCUUUAGACCGUGCUGUGUCGCGCCUCAUGUUUUUUAAGCUUGUAAGGUAUAUUGAGCUGUUGCUGUCUUUUCCAAUAUAAUGCAUGUGUAGUAAUAGAUUCUGGUCACGCUAAAAGGUACAUAGAGUAAGUGAAAUCAUAGUGUAGAGGCUGUUCAACUAUACAGGAAACACACCAGCAGUAUGGUUUUACCCAUAGACGUAGUUCCUGCGAUCUAAAUGGAAAUCGCUCUUUUAAUUGAAGAGAAUCCGUGCAGUUUUCACAAAGACUUGACAUGUUGAGACAGUACGUUGCCGUCUAAAGUAAAUGAUAAACGUUGUGUGUGACCCCAAAAAGCGUAGUUUCCCAGAAUGAGGUGAAGAAACAAGCCAGUGCUGUAUUAGGUUCCAGUUCUAUAUGGAAUUACCCAGCUUGCAUCUGUUCACCACGGGGCCGACGUGGGCGUGGGUUGUUUUUACCGAACCGGCGCCGCAGUCUGUCCUCAGUGGGCGACGCGGCUGCAGCGCGAGGCCGCUGUUCAGCUCUCGUCACCGGGAGCCUGCUUCCAGUUUUAGCUUCCCUGUGUGUGUGUGUAUGUGUGUGUGUGUGUGUGUGUGUGUGUGUGUGUGUGUGUGUGUGUGUGUGUGUGUGUGUGUGUGUGUGUGUGUGUGUGUGUGAGCUGUCUGUGUUUGGCCUCUACAUCCCGCUGCCUGCUAAGCAUCCAGUCUGACCCAACCACUACAAGUGCUGCUACAGUAUACACUCCAACACCCUGGUGCUAUAUCCUCCGUCAUAUAUGCUGUGUUCUGGUUUGGACUGCGUGUGUGGUGUGAUGGUGUGACCCGGAGCGAGAAAAUGAUAUGACAGUGUCAUACUGUUGCACACAUAUUGUGAUAUUGUGCUUGUAUUCUCUGCUUGCUCUGAAUGAACUGAUUAAAAUGAUGAUACAGAAAA